UGUCUGUCUUGCUUAUCAGAGUUAUCAGGCAUCGAAUAAAAGCACGCCCUGUGUGUGCAUCUCUCUACUUGCUUAUGCGUCUAUCAUUCUUUGUGUAUGUAUGUCUGCCCAUCCUUGCUCUCCAGCAGCAGCAGCAGCAGCAGCAGCCAUGUAAGUCCAAAGAUAAACACGGUUGUGUCCACUGCCUUGCAGCGUUCUUUGCAAUUGGAUGAACACGCAGAAACCGUAUGUCCAGUCCUACAAGCCUGCACACACACGCACGCCGCAUAUACACAUACACUUUGGCUGGUGCUUUGGGACCAGGUGUACGCAUGCCCCGCCGCGCGCGUGCGCCUGCGCUCAGCCCAUUCCCCCGAGGCGUACAGAUUCUGACACGGACAUGGGAAAGUGAGAGACGAACGACGAGGAAGGCAGCCAAUGUCUCACGUACGUUGUCUUUGAACGAAUCAAGAGUUGGGAUUGAGUUGGCGUUGCUGCUGACUAGAGUUCUUUUUUUGCUGUCAACUCUGUUUCUUCCCUUUCUCUUCUUGCUCUCUCCCUCUGCGUGUGUGUCUCAAAGCAACCUGGGCUACCUCCCCGGGUUGACCUCUUUUUCGGUUUUUCAUCCCCUCUUUCUUCUUUUCGUCGGACCUUGGGCCUUGGAACAGAACCUCGAGAAAGUCCCAUCAUUGUGGGCCCGCGAAUGAGGAGCAGACACGAGACCGAGAUUUUCUUGGUUGGCCGUUCUUUUGUGAAUCAAAUUACAUCCGAGGAACCGUGGUUUCUUCAUCUCUGGUUCCAGUUCUGUUACUUGGCUUACAAACCUCCCACGCCCUCUUCAAGGAUGACAGA